AUGGCAGCCACACUCAACCCGUCCGGUUCGACCUCCAACUCCGGCUUCGACUUUUCCAACUACUCACGUAACACCUUCCUCUCCAAUUCCGGUCUCGGUGGCUUCACCGCCACUUCCACCGGUACCACCAUUGUCGGAUGCAUCUUCAAAGAUGGCGUAGUCCUCGGAGCAGACACUCGUGCUACAGAAGGUCCUAUCGUAGCCGACAAGAACUGUGAAAAGAUCCACUACAUCUCCGACAACAUUCGUUGCUGCGGUGCCGGUACAGCUGCAGACACCGAAUUCGUCACUCAACUCAUCUCUUCCAACAUGCAACUUCACGAACUCAACACCGGUCGUCAACCACGCGUCGUUACAGCAAUGACAAUGUUGAAGCAACGAUUGUUCCAGUAUCAGGGAAAUAUUGGUGCAGCGUUGGUGUUGGGAGGCUAUGAUGCAACCGGACCGCACCUGUUCACGGUUGCUCCACAUGGUAGUACGGAUAAGCUGCCCUAUGUCACUAUGGGUUCGGGUAGUCUGGCGGCUAUGGCGGUCUUUGAGAGCGGAUGGGUGAAGGAUAUGGAGAGGAGCGAGGCUAUUCAGCUUGUGGCUGCGGCGAUCAGCAGUGGUAUUUUCAACGAUUUGGGUUCGGGUAGUAAUGUUGACGUAUGCGUCAUCGAGAAGGGUAAGACGGAGUACUUGAGGAACUAUGAGACUCCAAAUGAGAGAGUGAGGAAGGAACAGAGGUAUCAGUUCCCCAAGGGUACUACGGCAUUUACCAAGGAGCAGAUCUAUGAUAUGAUCAGGAAAGAAGACGUGCUCGAGGUUGGAAAGAACGCGCCAGUACCAGUAGCCGCAACUGCCGGCGAAGAGCGCAUGGACACAUCCUAG